AUGUUAAGAUUCUUUCGUACUUCUAGUAGUCGGCUCUAUUCCAUUAAACAUGCCCCAAAAGAUACUGUCAGGUACACAAACACUGUAAAUUUGCCAAAAACUCGGUUUCCGUCUCGAUUGUCGGCAAACAAAAGAGCGGAACUGGAAAGGACUCUAGUCGAGACAACAUUUGCAAAGGCAUAUAAUUACCAACUCGAACAUAACAAGGAACCCCAAUAUAUAUUGCAUGAUGGUCCACCAUAUGCAAAUGGUGAUUUGCAUAUGGGCCAUGCCGUUAAUAAAAUCCUUAAGGACAUUACCAUUCGGUACCAAAUGAUGAAAGGACACAAAGUUGAUUAUAGACCGGGCUGGGAUUGUCAUGGAUUGCCAAUUGAAUUAAAAGCAUUGGCAUCGACCGGCAAAAAGACGGGAAUAGAUGACCCCAUUGUGGUGCGACAAAAAUCGCGAGAAUUUGCCGUAGAUGCUAUAGGAAGACAAAAGGAGGAGUUUCGUUCAUGGGGCAUAUUAUCGAAUUGGCAAGAUAGUAACGGAUUAUAUUGUACUUUUAAUCCGGAUUUCAUAUGUAAUCAGCUGCAGCUAUUUCUUGAUUUAUAUGAAAAAGGUUUAGUGUAUCGUGAUUUGAAACCGGUCUAUUGGUCACCCUCUUCCAAAACAGCGUUGGCUGAGGCAGAAUUGGAAUACGACAAUAACUUCGUUAGUCCAUCGGUAUAUGUGCGUUUUCCUUUGGAGAAUUUGCCACCCACGCUUCAGAUUGACAACUCUCAAAAGUUAUAUGCAUUGAUUUGGACCACUACACCCUGGACCUUGCCCAGCAAUCAAGCCAUAUGUUUUAAUUCGAAUUUAAAAUAUUCCUUGUUGCAGCUGAAAUCGGAGAAGAACUUGUAUAUAAUCGCGUCAAAUUUGGUGGACGAUUUUGUAAAAACAUCAAAAAUUGAGUGUGAAGUAAAAGGAAAUAUUGAUGGUAUCGACUUGAUGGAUUGUACAUAUAAACAUCCACUUUAUCCCGAUCAACCUCCUUUGCCAUUUUUCAAUGCUACUCAUGUUCAGGACACUAAGGGCACGGGCUUGGUACAUACAGCCCCAGCACAUGGGCCGGAUGAUUUCCUAAUUUGUUUAGAGAAAAAAGUUGCUGUCAAAUCCUUAGUCGACGAAGAAGGGCUCUACAAUAAAAAUGCUCCAGGUUUUUUACAAGGCAAAAGUGUGUUGAAAGAAGGCAACGACAUUGUUUUGAACCAUUUGAAAGAUGAAAUUGUCUACGAGGAUAAAUUGACACACAGUUACCCCUUGGAUUGGCGAACCAAGGAGCCCAUCAUAUUAAGAGCCAGUGAACAAUGGUUUAUAAACACAUCUCUGUUAAAGGAUAAAGCCGUUCGAGAGAUUGAAAAUGUUAAAAUUUAUCCACGAGUUAACGCCGAGACCAGCAAAGCAACGUUAACAAAACAAGUUAUGAAACGUCCCUACUGGUGUAUAUCCCGCCAAAGAGCAUGGGGUGUCCCUAUACCUGUGUUCUAUGACAAAAAUACAGGGAACGUGAUAUGCAAUAGAGACAUAUUAACGCAUAUUUGUAAUAUGGUAUCUAAAGAAGGUACUAUUGAUUUCUGGUGGUCCAAAUCUGUUCCUGAACUACUGCCCAAAUCGUUGCUAAAAUAUUUCAAUGUGACUAUUGACGAUGUAGCAAAAGGUUUAGAUAUUUUUGAUAUAUGGUUUGACUCGGGCAGUACUUGGUCACAAGUAUUGAAAGACCAACAUAUUGCAGAUUUAUAUCUAGAAGGUUAUGACCAAUUUACUGGCUGGUUCCAAUCAUCAUUGCUGACUAGUGUAGCUGCAAGAGACUGUGCUCCGUACAAAUCUAUUUUCGUUCAUGGUUUUACGGUAGAUGAUAAAGGCCAUAAAAUGUCCAAGUCAUUGGGCAAUGUUAUUUCACCCAAAGAUAUAACGAAGAAGUAUGGCGUUGAUGCAUUAAGGUGGUGGGUGGCUUCCCAUGGUACACAGCAUAUGGCUAUAACAGUAAGUGAUAAGCUGCUACAACAAGCGGCGGAUCAUUUAUCCAAAAUCCGUUUGACAUUGCGUUAUCUUAAUGGUGUCAUUGAUUCUCGGAUUGAUCAGAACACCCCCAUUGGUGAUGUUAAAGCACUUAAGUAUUUGAAUCGAUACUUAUUGAGUAAAUUAGUUGAUUUCGAUAAAGAGAUUAAUAAUUUAUACGAAUCCCAUGAAUACAACAGGGCUGUGGUACUUAUUCAAAACUUUGUUGCAAACCAAAUAUCUGCUAUUUACGUACAUUUGAUUAAAGAUCGCUUAUAUUGUGGAUCUCAAGAGGAAAUACAAAGUGUGAGCUUUACGUUGGAGAAGUGUUACUUUAUUUUAAAUAAGGCCUUGUGGCCAAUAGCUCCAUUUUUGGUUGAAGAAAGUUGGAGUUAUUAUGAUGCCAAUUCACAUUUUCAUCAACAAUCGGUUGUGUGUGAGGAUGAGUGGAAGAACAACUUUUUAGAAGAUGUUGUGGAAACUGCACUUGAAGUCAAGCGGCUAUUAAAUCAAAAGGCUGAUUCGUCGAAGCCUUCAUGGUUUUUGGAAGUAACUAUCAAAUGUGGCAAUGACCACAUAUUUAACGUUUUGCAAAAUCUACAUCUCAGUGUUGGUGACGGAAAUGACUCUAAUACCGAACUAUGCGAAUUGUUGCAAGUACAAUCAGUGAAGGUAUUGAAGUCGGACAAUUUAUGUAAGGAUUUUGAUAUUGACAUAUAUGAAACGGAACAUUCGUCGUUAUGCCCACGCUGUCGACGUUAUGCGGUGGCAUCAGAAAAUGACAUUUGUCAACGGUGUAGUAAGGUGCUGAAAAAUCAAAAAUAA